GAGACUUAAACCUGGGGGUGAGUUCUGAAGGAAGGGAUGGAUCGGUAUCUGCUGCUGGUGAUCUGGGGGGAAGGAAAGUUCCCGUUGGCGGUCAGCGGGGAGACUGAGCGUGCACCAGAAGCGUCGUCGUUUGAGGGUACCGAGAAGCAGCCGGACUUCACAGCAGCAAAUGUUUAUCACCUCCUGAAAAGAACCAUUAGUACUUCAGUUAAUCCAGAUGAUAGUACUUUCCCUGCCUGUUCAGUGGGUGGUGUUCCUGGUUCCAAGAAGUGGUUCUUUGCAGUGCAGGCAAUCUGUGGAUUUUACCAGUUUUGUAGUUCUGAUUGGCAAGAGAUACAUUUUGAUGCAGAAAAAGAUAAGAUUGAAGCUGUUCUUCAAACAAAUAUUGAAGAAUGCUUGAGUGCUGUUGAGUGUUUUGAAGAAGAAGAUAGUAAUAGCAGGGAAUCCUUAUCCUUGGCUGAUCUAUAUGAAGAAUGUGCUGAAAAUUUGCAUCAGUUAUCAGACAAGCUUCCUGCACCUG